CGGAGUAUUCUGUACUGACAACGGCAAGUAAAGGACGGUGGGCAGAAAACAAAAGGAAAAGUAAAUACUGCUGGGCUGAAAUAAAUAUAAUUUUAUGGCUGAUAUUUUACCAUUAAUUCCCACAUUCGCUAAGUCAUCGUGGUGGCAUUUAAAAUGUAAUAGUUUAACAAGCGUCAAGCGGUGAAUAAUGUCACUUGCCUCCUCGUACGUUUAGAAGCAGAACUACGUUAAGUUUUCCGUCGCAGUUUAGUUUAUUCCAACCUUGCACAACUGUUCAGGACGCUGCCCGUUGCUAGGCAACCAUCGCUAGCCAACACGUUGUUGCUUAGCGGGUUUCUUACCGUGAAUAAGGAAUAAUUUCACCGAAUCGGGGUUGAGGAGGGUGCCUAUUUGCACAAGUAAAGGUUAUACAGUCUUAAGGACUGACAUCAUGUCUGACUACCAAGAGGCUGAGCAAGGACCUAAGAGUUCAUUCGAAACUUAUGUCGCAGAAGGAGAUCAACUCUUCCUGAAGAGUGACUAUGUCAAAGCAAUAGAAAGCUAUUCCACAGCUCUGCAGCUAAAGCCAGGUGACAGGAAUUGCCUGGUUGCUCGUUCCAAGUGCCAUUUAAAGCUAGGAGAUGCUGAAGCCUCACUGAAGGAUGCCGAGGAAUCACUGCUCACUGACAAGGAGUUUUUCAAGGGACUUUAUCGAAAAGCUGAGGCCCUAUAUGCUAUGGGAAAGUUUGAAUUUGCUUUAGUGUUUUACCAUCGAGGACAUAAACUUCGUCCAGAACUUCAGGAAUUCAGACUUGGCAUUCAGAAAGCUCAAGAAGCUAUUGAGAAUUCUGUGGGAAGUCCUUCCUCGGUGAAACUGGAGAACAAAGGAGACCUUUCCUUCUUCAGGAAACAAGAAGAGAUAGCCACACAUAAAUCUCAGAGCAAGAAUCAGAGAAAGGACCAAAGGCAGCAGAAGAAGAAGAAAGAGGAGACCCCAAGAAACGAGAAGACUGUUCGGCAGUUACUUGGUGAACUUUACAAUGACAGAGAGUAUCUGGAAAAAUUACUGAAAGAUGAAGAUUUAGUGAAAGGGAAUACAAGGAGCGGAAUCAAGGUACAGGACCUGAUCCUCAGUGGAAUUACCUACCUAGAUACCAGGACAGAUUUCUGGAGGCAGCAAAAACCAAUCUAUGCACGUGAUCGGGACCGCAAGCUAAUGCAACAGAAAUGGAACAGGUCUAAACAAAGCAAACCUUCAGAUCCUACCAAAUAUAUCCUUAAGAGUUUGGAAGAAAUUGAUCAAUUGCUUACCAGUGGUAAAGCAGAGAGCAGCCUGAAGAAAGCCAAGCAGGUGCUGAAAACAGUGCAAAACUGGCAGGAUGAAGAUGUUCCGAAUAAGCCAGAAGUCAUAGGGAAUUUGUACUCCUGUAUUGGGAAUGCAUACAUUGAGAUGGGGAAUAUGGAUGAGGCUUUGGAAAAUCACAAUAAAGAUUUGGAAACUGCAAAACAAUAUGAUUUACAAGAUGCAAAAUCAAGAGCACUGGACAACAUUGGAAGAGUUUAUGCACGGAUUGGUGAAUUCCGUAAAGCAAUAGAAGUCUGGGAACAGAAAAUACCUGCACUGAAAUCUAGCAUAGAGAAGACGUGGCUCUACCAUGAACUUGGCCGUUGCUAUCUAGAGUUAAACUGUAAUUCUAAAGCUAAGGAUUAUGGAGAGAAAUCACUGGCGUCAGCUGAAGAAGCAGGGGAUUCAGAAUGGCAACUCAAUGCCACUGUUCUGGCUGCACAGUCUGAAGUGAAACUUGGUGAUAACCAAGCAGCUGUUAGUUAUUUCGAAAAAGCUCUUGAAAUAGCAAAACUCCUAAAUGAUGAGGCAGCACAUCAGGCCAUUAUGAACGCACUAGAGGAUGCUAAUAAAAAUAUAAUCGAGGAACUUAAAGGACAAGCGAUCAAAAAGGAAAAUGAAUUGGAAUCAGAAGAAGAAAAGCAAGAUCCCAGUAAAGAAGAAGAAGAAGAAGAAGAUUAUCAAAGCAGAAGAUAUGAAGAUAUACCAGAGGAGUGAUCACAGAACCUUAUUUACAUCAGUUUGAUUUUCCAUGAAGUCUGCUGAAAUUAGAUGUCAUGUGAACUGAGUUUUAGAUAAUGACACUUUACUUGUUUUAGUUCAUGUCUCAUUCGACUGUAAAAUACAUAGCUCACCAUCAUAUCUAAUUGAGAAACUGAAUAUAUAAAUAAAAUAUGUUAUCAUAA